AGGGCAAAAGAUCUCUUUUUGCUCAACACGCUGAAAACAUGAAGGGGGUCAUCGCUCUUCUCCUGGCUGCUCUGUGCUUCGAGGGGCUCAAUGCAGAGUGUCCCGACCCAGCCACCCUGAAAGAUGAUUAUGGAAGCAAACUCUGCGCCCAGAUGUUCGAAGACAGCAGCUACUACUAUGAUGACAGCUGUGCUGGCAGUUUCAUUCAUGUCUAUCCUGAUGAAGACACCCCCAUCAUGCCACGGGCUUGGGAUAACCGUAUUUCCUCUUUUGUGGUGGGUCGAGGCUGCUCCCUGACAGUGUGGUCUAAAUCCAAGAAGGAAGGAUACAAGAAGAAGUUUUCUGCUGGCAUCGUGUAUCACCUUAAGGAAGUGAAGAAAGGCCUGUUUGGAAACUGGAACGAUUCCAUCUCUGGAUACUACUGCACAUGUUAGACGUGAAGCAAGACCGAAGACAGAGUCCUAAAAGACUUUAACAUAUAAUGUCAAUGAUACAAAAGAACAGCUGUAAACUCUCUGUUUU